AUAAAAAUCAGAGCUUGAGAGACGAAAAGCAACAGAAGUUAAGCAACUUUCAAAGACCUAAGUCCACACUUUAAUCAAAUAUUUCCUAAAACAACAACAAAAUGAAAUUUGUUAUGGUAUUUGCUGUCAUUUUUGCCUUGGCUGCUUGCCUGGCCAGUAGCUCGGCUUCACCCGCCCUGGAAGAUACAUUUGUUGAUGGCGCCUCUGCUUUAAGGCAAUUGGAACCGGAAGUUCAUGGACGCUAUAAGAGAGCCACCUGUGAUCUGUUGAGUGGCAUGGGAGUCAAUCAUUCGGCUUGCGCUGCCCACUGUCUGUUGCGCGGCAAUCGAGGAGGAUAUUGCAACUCGAAAGCUGUUUGUGUGUGUCGCAAAUAAAAAAUUUAUAUUAAAGUUUGAUAAAAAACAAA